GUGUUGAGUGAACAACGUACGGAUUUUUCAAAUUUGGAUUUUGUUGGAUGAGGCGUUGGGCGAGGCGGCGUGGCUGAGCGCGAUGGAAGGCAGCUAUCUCGUUCUCGCCGCGCUGCUCAUCGCGGCGCGAGCGCAGAACACCAGAAAUGACGGGCCACGUUUUCUGUCACGCGGGCACUCGUUCCGGACGGUGGUAGGAGACACGUUACUGCUGCCCUGCCAAGUUCAAAACCUAGGUUCCUUGGUACUCCUCUGGCGGCGGGGACCGGCUGUCCUGACAGCAGCGAGCCUCAUGGUCACCCGGGACGAGAGGUUCAGGCUCGUCGACGGCUACAACCUGCAGAUCACCGAUGUGGGACCGCAGGACGCAGGCGACUACGUGUGCCAGAUCUCGGACCGCGUGGCGCGCGACCAGGUGCACACGGUGGAGGUGCUGGUGCCGCCGAGCGUGCGGCCGGCGCCCGAGUCGCGGCACGCGGCGGCGCGGCGCGGCGGCGCGGCCGUGCUGGAGUGCCGCGCGGCUGGCAACCCGGUGCCCAGCGUCACGUGGCAUAAAUUGCCCCACACCGCGCAGAACGCGACGGCGCGACUCGGCGAGGGCCCGCAGCUGCAGCUGGCACGCCUGGAGCGCCGGCACUCGGGCCGGUACGCGUGCACCGUCGACAACGGCGUCGGCCCGCCCAUCGUCACGGAGUUCCAGCUACAAGUGCUAUAUCCUCCUGAGAUCACGGUGGAGAGAUCCUGGGUGCACACAGGGGAAGGGUUCAGAGCCGAGCUGCUGUGCACCGUGCUGGCCGACCCUCCGGCAGAGGUAUCCUGGUACCAGAACUCUUUCCCGCUGAGCGCGACGGAGCGAGUCACGAUGGCGGCCCGUGGGAACAACCACACUUUGCUCAUCGCCAACGUGCAGCCAGAGGACUUCGGGAACUACAGUUGCGUGGCGGACAACAGCCUGGGGCGCGCGCGGCAGCACGUGGAGGUGUCGGGGCGGCCCGGGCCCGCGCGGUUCACCUCCCCGCCGCUCGCGCGCGCGCCGCGCGUUUACACACUCGCAUUUAGUGUGGACAGCUACCCGCCGCUGGAUGAGCUGCGGCUGCUGUAUCGACAGCUAGCGAUAAACGAGUCAUUCCAGCAGCCGGGACGGUGGCACGACGUGGUGCUGCCUGCGCCGGCGCCGGCCGGCUCGCUGACGCACCGCGUGUCGCACGAGCUCAAGGCACUGCAGCCCGCCGCCGUGUACGAGGCCAUCGUGCAGGCCAAGAACAGAUACGGGUGGAAUGAGGUUAGCGACAUAUUCCAAUUCCACACACUGGGAGGUCCUCACACGGCGCACGCAGACGAGCUCACACCAAUGUACUCGUCAGCUCACGUCAGCAUCCUCAGCAAACACAUGGCAUGGUCGCUGUCACUUCUCGCCUUUUAUGCCCUACGCGGCGCUUGAUCUGACAGCCUUACGAUUGGCUGACGCCAGCCAACCAGCGUCGAGCGUUGACCGUUCGAUUUUUGAAUUUUGUAACCGUUAUUCGGGGUUAGUGAUAGUUUUUUUGGUUUUUAAAGCAAUCGUCACUCGUAAAGUAAAAUUUACGUAAGAAAACUAUUAUUUGUAAUAUAAAUAAAACGCCUUAAGCAAUUUGUCAAGGACAAAAUUCUUAAAAUAAUGAGGUGUGUCCUUUUUUUUAUUGCCAUUAUGUGACAUUAAUAUAAUACAAAUGAUUUUAUAGUCAUAUGCCAACUGCAUACCUAAGGAUUUCAUUUUAUCAUUUCGAUAUAAAAAGUUCCGAAGCUUAUUUUUUUUUGUCGGUGGGGCUUUGUAACUUAGGCCUAUUAAUUUGAAGGACCAGUGCCUAUGAACAGUUUCCUAUCAAAAAUUGCUUCAUUUAAAACUUAACUAUACUUAGAAAUUAAAAUUUGAUAUUAAUUUACAGAUACAGAUGCAAAAAGUUUCCGAAACGUUGGAAAGGUUCUCGAAAGAAAUAAACAAAAUUGAUUAUUUAUUUCUCAUACAAAAUUAUGAGAAUUUCACUAUUUUGGAUUCUUUUCGACGGCACAUAUUUUGCUCGAUAAUAAUGUUCCUUGUAUUUCGCACAAAAUAAUUCGCACAAGGCGUGGCAGUUAUUUUUUUAAGGCAUAUGGUUUUCUCAUCUAAAUGGAAGGAAAAUGAAUAACACAGUUUAUUUUAGCAAAUUUAACAAGAUUAACCAUUUCCUAUCAAACAGGACGUUUUAGGACAAUUAUUAUAGUACCUAAUGUUUAAUAUUAUUUGCGCUUAAAAUGACUGAUUUUUUAAAGUAAUUUAAUUGAUACUAAUAUUUUUGUGAAAUCUUAGGAAUUGUGUGGGAGUAAAUGUAAAUAUUUUAUUAAUCGUGAAGAUUUCUAACCUUCGAUCUGUCAUAACAAAUAUGUAUGUUUUUAAUUAUUUAAUUUCAAAGCUAACAUUACCGCAUUAAACAAUAAAUGUAUACUUACAGUAAUGAUUUGAAGAUUUAUAUCGUAAAGCGCUUAUUAUAGGCCUGUCCAGACGGGGACAAUCUUUCGCCAAUCUGAUUAAAUUGUCCGAUCAAAUCAGACCGUGCGGACUCAAACGCCAAUUAGGCUCGCCGAAUUCCAGCGCCGGUUAUGACCGAUAUUACCAAUAAAAUAGGGCGCGGACGCAAGAAUACCAAUUUGUGAUGCUAGUAUUCGCGUUUGGGGGCAUUUUUUUAAUUUAGAGCGCUCAAAUAUCACCAUAAAUUUAAAAUUGGUGAAAGUGGCCAAAUUGGCGUAUGAGUCCGUACGGCCUGAUUUGAUCGGACAAUUUAAUCAAAAAAAUUGUCCCCGUCUGGACAGGCCAUCUACACGGUGUCUGGGGACUUUUUGUCGGAAAGCCGGUCUGUAGAUGAUCGUGUAGAUGUAAUAAGCACUUAAAUGGGUUAUUACGUCUGCCCUUUCGCCGAACUCAUCAGGAGUAAUGCUUUCACGAAAGGUUAGAUCACCAAUACAAAUGAAUUUUAUAUUUAUACAAAAAAAAUACCAUGAAACGCCGUUUUUUUUGUUGAGUAAUAUGUAAAAAGUUUUAUUUUACCCUUAUUAUAGAUUAUGUUAUUUGUAACGAUAGGUUCGAUAUUUCAGGAAACGUUAAACUUGACUCCACGGCGUAGGGAUACUUUUAAUAACCCCUAUUCUAAUAAAUACAUAAUAUUUUACUAGUUUCAGAUAAAACUAAUUACAAAUGAUAUUAUUCACUGAUAACUUGAUCUAAUUGAAAUAAUAUAACAAUUUGAAAACAUUGAAAUAAACAACUUCACUGCAUUACCCCUCAUUCCCACGAGCGCUUUUACAACGCGCGUUAAAAAAGGCUUGAAUCUAUCCGCACUCUAAAUUCGAUUUAACGACCAAGGCUUAAAGUCGAAAAUCCAACAACGCGUGAUAUAAAGCGCCACCGCCAUCGUGUGAACAAAUACACAUAUUAUAAUUAUAUCCAUGUGUGUCAUUCAAACGCUUUUAUAACGCGCGUUGUAAAAGCGCUCGUGCGAAUGAGGCGUUAGGCUUAUAAAUCUUCAAAAGUAAUAAAGUUUUCUUUUUAGUAGGUAUAGUUUAUCCUUAGUAUUACCACAUCCAUAUAAAUGAAUUUAUUACUAUGUAGUAAUAUUAUAUUAUAAUUAAGCAAUAAAGAGUGUUAGUGAUAUCGCUAUUUUAGAUUUAAUGUGUAUUAAAAAGUCUAGUUUAAAAUGUCUUCUUUUAAGUGCAAUAUUAAUUUAAAAGAAAUUUAUAAGCAAUAUUGGUACACAUCAUUAGGAUCCUAAUUUAAUAUUUUAUAAGAAUAGUGAAUAUUUAUUUCGGAGUAGACCUAACUGAUGGUAAAAAUGACUGCCGAUUUUUUUUUAUUAAAUGUUUUAUAGAAUAUGAAUAUUUCCAAAUACUUCGGCCAUUAAAGUGAAAAUUAAACUAGUCGUAAUUUUUUCUAGAAAUUAUUGGAGAAGUAAAGAAAAUGUAAAUUGUUGGGCUGUAGAAAUGCCUUUUUUUGUAAUAUUUUAAUUUAUUUAAAAAACAAAGAUUCUGUAAGUAGAUAAUAAACGUGUAAGUUUAUUAUAAUGUCGUCUUCUUAUUUAUUUAUCCG